AUGGACUCGCUCUUGUCAUAUCCUAUGCCAAAUGGCGUGUACGCCAUCCCGCAAGAUCAAUUGGACCUUCGAUCGGACGCUGAUGUGGAUCAUGACCUGCUCAACCCUAAGCCCGUCUCGGACGAGAAAAAUAUCUGGUUCUUCUGGCAUAGUGGUAUCAGUAAAAUGCACGGCUACACUCGGCGCACUGUUCGGAAUUGGCACAGGAGAUUUUCCAAGAAGGGAUGGGUGAUCCGCGUCCUAGAUUUUGAAGUUGGCUCUCCCUUGAAUGUGGCAAACUACCUCGACAUCCAUGAUACCAAGGUGUUUCCCAAAGCCUUUACGGAUGGUACUAUUGGUGGCCACCACGCGAAUCAGCACAUCUCAGAUCUUGUGAGAUUUCCCCUCUUAUUGAAAUAUGGAGGUGUCUAUGCGGAUGUAGGCAUGGUACAAAUAGGGGAUCUGGACCGUGUCUGGAAUACUACCAUCGGCGAUCCAAGCUCGCCAUACGAUAUAUUCACUUAUAACAUGGGUGGACCUGAGGAGCGUGGCAUGGCAAACUAUUUCCUCGCUUCAGGACGAAAUAAUCCUUUCUUUUUCCGGUGCCACAGGCUGUUACUUGCACUGUGGGCCGCAGAUGGGGGCAAGACCAGCACCGAGGGGAUGCAUGCUAGCCCCUUGCUGAAAGGGCUUCCCUUGAUGGAUACUGGGCUCUCAAUGACAGAGAAUGGCAGAACAUAUGGACGAGAAGAGACGGCCAGAAUGUUAACUGAUUACAUCAUUCAGGGGCAGGUCAUCACCAUGGUUAUGGGCUUGAUCGAUGUGGAGGAUGACUGGAAUGGACCGAAAUACGUAGCAGAGCACGUCUAUGCUUAUGAUUUCAUGGUCGGAUCACAGCUAAUUAACGAAAUUACCGCAUGGAACGGCCCCAGACAGUUUGAGCUCAUGUCUCUACCAGUUCCCAGAGACGGCGAAAAGGAAAGUGACGACCAAAAACUCGCACGCCAGAUCGUAGAGGAUUGUCUAUCAAAAAGUUUUGGUAUGAAGCUCGCAACAGGCAUGAUUGUUAGAGUUAUGGGAGAUACCUUGAGCUCCCUAUGGAGGAACAAUGAGGGUAGCGACAAUGUUGCAGGAACAUAUGCGCAUUGGCUGAGAUACGGUACUCUGUAUUGGUGCCCAAAAGACCACCCCGCCAAGUUGGAUUUUAAAGAGAUCCCAGCUUUCAAAAUUGGCCCUCUGUUGCGAGAAGGAGAUAUUGGACCAGGAGCCAAAGAAACGGCAAAUGACUUUCGUGUACCGAAUUAA